UAAAAUAGAGGAGUACAUCACUAAUUUCACACCGACAACCGGAAACAGCAUGGAAGUUGUUUUGAUGAAAAAGAUUCAAGAAAAGUUACAUUUGUAAACAAGAUGCAGGUUUCAACGCCAAAUAAUGUGAAAAUAUACAACCUGAGUGCAGGGAAAUCAUUACCUGAGUGGCUAUCAGACAGAAAGAAAAGGUCGCUUCAAAAGCAAGAUGUGGAUCUCCAGCGUCGUAUUGAGCUCAUCCAGGACUUUGACAUGCCCACGGUCAGCCACUGUAUCCAGGUCUCACCUGAUGGACAGUACAUAUAUGUUGCAGGGUCCUAUAAACCAAGAGUGAGAUGUUAUGAUGUCCAUCAGUUGUCAAUGAAGUUUGAGAGAGGCCUUGAUUCAGACGUUGUGCAAUUUCAGUUUCUCUCUGACGAUUAUUCAAAGAUAGCAUUUCUGCAGAAUGACCGUUACAUAGAGUUCCACUCACAGUUUGGCCGCUACUACAGAACAAGGGUGCCAAAGUAUGGCCGUGAUCUCGCUUAUUAUCCUGCCAACUGUGACCUGUUCAUCGCAAGUGUCAGUCCCGAGGUGUACCGAAUAAAUCUGGAACAAGGCAGGUUUCUAAAUCCACUGAUGACCAAUGCCAAGGAAGUGAAGUGCUGUGAGUUCAAUGAGCACCAUCAUUUGUUGGCCUGUGGAACUUCUGAGGGUCAGGUGGAGUGUUUUGACCCCCGGGCUCGCUCCAGGGUGGGGAUUCUGGACACAGCCCUGAGCAGCCAUAUGGAGGACCUGGAAAUAACAGGAGUGCCCUCCGUUACUGCAAUGAAAUUCAGAGGUGCCCUGCAGCUGGGAGUUGGGACUAGUACAGGGCAUGUGUUACUGUAUGACAUGAGAUCUAACAAGCCUCUGGUUGUCAAGGACCAUCAGUAUGAAUUGCCAAUCAAAAAGAUCAUGUUCCUGGACCAUCUAGAUCUAGUCGCCUCCAUGGAUACCAAGAUACUCAAACUCUGGGAUAGAAACACGGGCAAGGCCUACACAGCCAUAGAACCAGGUGUGGAUCUCAAUGACAUGUGUAUGAUGCCUGGAUCAGGAUUAAUAUUUAUGGCCAAUGAAGCCCAGAAAGUCCUCACAUAUUACUUACCAUCUCUGGGUACGGCCCCUCGCUGGUGCUGGUUCCUUGACAACCUCACUGAGGAAAUGGAGGAGAGCACCACGGCAACAGUGUAUGAUGAUUAUAAGUUUGUCACAAGAAAAGAACUUGAUGAUCUUGGUCUGACCCAUUUGAUCGGGUCAAACCUCCUGAGGGCGUAUAUGCAUGGGUUCUUCCUUGAUAUACGACUUUACCAUAAGGCCAAGUCAAUCACUGAGCCAUUUGCAUUUGAGGAGUACCGCAAAGCAAAGAUACGUGAGAAGAUUGAUUCCGAGCGGGCCAACAGGGUCACUGUAAAGAAACUCCCGAAGGUCAACAAGGAGCUAGCAGAGAAGCUUCUGGAUGUAGAGGACACAAUCCUUGCGAACAAGACUCAGGAUCGCGCCGGGGCGACCUUGUUGAAGGACACAAGAUUCUCGGCGAUGUUCCAGAAUCCGGACUUCCAGAUCGACAAGGAAUCAGAGGACUACAAACUCCUCAAUCCUGUUGUGAACAAGCUGGAUAAGGCAAAGAAAAAGAAGCAGGACAAACUGGCUGCACAGUUUGAAGAAAUCGAUGAGGAUGGUGAAAUUAAGGAAAGAUUAGGUGGAGUAAGUGAUAGCAGCUCAGACGAUGAACAUGCAUGGACAGAGGAUGAUAAAUUGCGAUGGAAACAACACAUAACAAAACAGAAACGGGAAAUAAAAGAAGAAAGGAAAAAUAAACAGGCACAGGUGAAAUUAAAACCCAAGUUUUAUGAGAUUAAAGAAGGCCAUGAAUAUGGAAAGACAGCUGAUGAAAAACGGGUUCGAAAAGAAAAAAAAAUGGCACUGGAAGAUAGGCUGCACAAUCUGUCAGACACGGUUGUCACGGAAACAGGCUCCAUGGGCAACAAACAACUAGAAUUCAAAAUGAAAAAGGAAGUAAAGGAUCAGAAGAGGGUCAUUGAGCAGAGGGAGCACACUGCAGAGAGGAAGAAGCUGCGACGGUCCGCUGGGGAGAUCACUAAGGGGUUCAAACAGCCGCCGAAAUUCUGGAUGGGCCAGAGAGUCAAAUAACUGAAUUCGACUCCCUUGUUUGAUAUCUGAUUUGACAGGGUUGGAUAUUAGUUGGGGAUGACUUGCAAAUGGUACCUGCAUUGUGCAGUGGAUCCAAUAUUUUCAGGAUAAAUAUACUUUGUAAAAGUAAUAUUGAAAGCAUGAGUAAACAUAAAUGUAUUGGCAAGUAUUACUUUCUUACCCUGAGUGUGCCCAAAGAUAGAUAAACAUCGAUAGAUGCUUUUUUCGACAAAGAAAUGACAUACGUGUACUGGGUAAGAGUUAAAUGUGCAAACUGAUUUUGUUAUGUUUUAAAGUUAAGUUGUUAAUUGAUUAGCCUUAUUGAUAGAUUUACUUUGUUGCAAAGAAUUAUCAGUUAGCAUAUUUAAAAUACUGUCCAAAUUCUAGGUCUUUGUACUGUCUGAUCGCCAAAACGAGCAGAGAAUUCUUGCUCUGCAAUCUGUACAUUGUGUUGAGUUUAUUCAUUGUUAGUGAUGUCACUGUAAAUGCCAUUAUGUUUAAACUGCAUAUUACGAAUAAAUGUAUAAAAACAA